AUAUAAUAUAUAAUAAGUUAUACUAUAUAUAGAAGACAUUGUAAAUCGAUUCAAUCAAUUGAUUUGUGGCUAAAAAUGGUCCAAAAAUAUCAGUCACCCCUCAGAGUCUAUAAAUAUCCGUUUGAAUUGGUUAUAGCCGCCUACGAGAGACGGUUCCCGACGUGUGAAAUGAUUCCGGUGUUCGUCGGCUCCGACACCAUCUCCGAGAGCGACGACGGAGUGGUUCACGUGAUUGAACGCAAGUGUCGUAUCAAUGUGGAGGCGCCCUACCUCCUCAAGAAGGCUUACUUCUACACUCGUUUCUACGACAAACAAUGUUGGAAAGGGAGGGACAGCAUAUCUGGAGUCGAUUUCGUAUACUUUAUACAAAGGAAUACUUUAGACCGAAGGAACAGAAUAUUAACUAUUGAGGCCUGGAAUGAGAGUUUUGUUAAUCGUAUCACUAUUCAUGAAUUGUGUACUUAUCGGGUAAUUACAUACAAU